UACACUUUUCCUCUUGCUGCUUAGCAAGUCUACAUUGGACAUCUGGGAUUUCAUGGGAUGCACUAUAUACGCAGCCAGUUCUGAGGCUCCUUCAGCGGAGGGGCCUGAGCCACAGAGACGCUCCCAUGGUCACAGGACCAGGACCUGUCGCACCCGUGACCGGCCUAAGACCAUGAGUGAUCAUCAGGAUCAGGCUGAAGAUGUCGGGCUCCUAACACCUCAUGAUCAGUCAGAGCCCUCAAAGGACGAUGACAUGCAUUUCAGGUUGCAUCUAAUAGAUGAUCUAUCAUAUGAGGACGUCAAGAAAUGCUACCGUGGAUCUACUGUCAGCAAGUACAAUGCGCAGUACCACAAGCUUUUCCAGAGCGUUCCCAAAGAAGAGCUCCUAAUGAAAGUUUACUCCUGCGCCCUUCUGCGAGAUAUCCUGCUGCAAGGCCGACUCUACAUCUCUCGAAACUGGCUGUGUUUCUACGCCAACCUCUUUGGUAAAGACAUCAAGGUGGCCAUUCCUGUUGCGUCCGUGCGGUUGGUGAAGAAACAUAAGACAGCAGGUCUGGUUCCUAAUGGCUUGGCUAUCACCACAGACAGCAGUCAGAAGUACGUGUUUGUGUCUCUACUGUCCAGAGAUAGCGUCUAUGAUGUGUUGCGACGCAUCUGCACACAUUUACAGGUCAAUGGAAAGAAGAUCCUAAGCCUCAAGCAGUACAUGGAGGAGCCCAAUGCUUUAUCUCUGGAUGAGUUCCCUGUCCCUGAAGUUUUCCCUGUACCAGACGAAUUUCCUCCAGUGCUGAACUGGAGGAGGAAGCCGUCGGUGGCAUCUGUAGCUUCUUCUCUACCUGACUUACUGGGAAACUCCAGCGGCAGCCUGAGUGCUGUAGACGCCCCCUUCCAGACAGACAAGCCUCUGGAGGAUCAAAGUUUGGAAACCAAGAAGAUCCUCCUAACAGAGACGAUACCAGAACUGGGCCAGAUGGAGUACCAACUACUGAAAUUCUUCAUCCUGCUCAUUAUCCUGCUCAUCCUGUCGUCGUGUUACCUGGCCUUUCGUGUCUGUAGCCUGGAGCAGCAGCUCUCUUUCCUCAGCAACAACCCUGCACUGACUCUCAGAGAGAGGUAGCUACUGAGAGUCACCACUGCACUUCACAGGAAAGUCGGUCCAGCGCUGGCGCUCUAUCUGUCUCUGUGGCCACCUUGCAACUAUGCAAACAAACUCUCUUAUGUAUUUAUGCAAAGUCUGUCUCGGAUUGUGUUAACAAUGAGCCUGACUUAGGAACAGAAGACUGGAAGUGUUUUUUCUGUGUUACUGGAUCAAAGAAAGGCCCUGACGGGCCUAUACAGAAGACUGCAAACCCUGUUUGUUACAGUGAUGGUGGAAUAUUAUGGAAGGAUCUGUCUUCACCAACAAAAACUCUUCUUGUGGUCACUUAUCACCUAAAGGGCAAAUGUAUCAAUUGAUCUACAUCAAACCAGUCAAAUGACUUUCAAUAGGUUAUAAAUAUCUUGACUAUGUAUAGCUCAGGAUCUAAUGCAGUACAUUUAGAUAAGAUUAUUUUAUUUAUUUAUAUGCAAGCCACUUGCCAUGUCCUAGCUCUUCCAAUAGGAUUUAGUUGAAAGCAUCAUGAAAAUAUUUAGUAUGUCUACAUAUCAGGUCAUCGUCAGUCUUACUAUGUGUUCACAGCUUAAUCGGCUCAAGUCAGAGACCUGGGCAGAAUGUUUAUGGCAUAUUGAAUGUUUACUCAAGUAAAUCUUGAAGCUGUAGAAUCCAUGGACAAUAAAAUAGUGCAUUUUCAUGUA